UGACUCUGACCAUGCAAUCCACUCACUCGGUGACAUGAGCGCCUCAGAUGGACGGCCUCAGCUAGCACGGCCGCCAGAUGCCCCGCGGCGUCGCCUGAGCAAUGUAAUCGAUGUGCAAGAUGCGCUCCGCGUUGUCGAGUGCUCGCAGGUGGAGAGGCAGCUAAAGUUCCAGCAUCUCGUGCGGCACUAUCUCUCCCAGAUCCUGCAUGGCUGCAAGAGCGCCUACUGCGACACGUCCACAUGCUUCUCCUGCAACAAGCGCAAUGCCUCCAAGCCCUUCCGUCCUCCCACACAGCUCACCGCGCGCGCCCUGGCCCACUACCUCGCCAGCCAAGACAACCCCCACCGCGGGCUGUGUCCACACGAGCUCAAGGUCGCGCCUUCCACCUUUGAGAUUGAUGGUGCAGCGGGUGCUGCCGUACGACACGGGCGCAAUGGUGCAGAGCCGCAGUACAGCGUCUAUCCUGCAGUGUGGACGCUGGUGCAGCAACAACGCCAUGCAGGGGCCAUCACCCAGCGGCACCAGUCGAGAAAAGACAAGAACGCACUCGGGCAGCAUCUGUACGACAGCGUCACCAUGAUAUACUCCUACUCCAAGCAACUGCCCAGUCCUACCUCAGUGCUUACUACACUUCGCUCUCUCGACAAUGCACGUUCAGGUGACCAGACUGAAAAUGACGAAUCCAGUCUUUAUACAAACGCGCAACAUGUCACGCCUCACGUGAAUGAUUCUGCGCCCACCGUUCGUCGACAAUCGCAGCAAGAUUCACAGACCAGCAGUCCUCCCCAUCCAGAGCAAAGUGCUGCAGAGCUUCUCAAGAAUGGCCAACAAGUCCUUAGAAUCCCAUACCAUCUGCCCAGCACCACAAGUCAAUGUCAAGCUUCCAAACCAGUCACUUCAACGUCGCUCGACGGCACAUUUGAAUCGCCCAAGUUGUCAAAAUCAAAAACUGGAAAGGAGCCUUCCCCCCUUGAUAGACAGAGUGGACCUGCGAUGGGAAGACCAAAGCCCUCGCCUGCAGCACAACGUGUUGUUGAUAACCCCAAGCCUGCCGACCGCAAAGAUCCAGUCUUGCCUAUCGUCUCGCACUUGAAUUGUGACGUUCUCGAUCAGCUCAAGGAUGAGGUCUAUCAUCAUCGCAAGGACCAGUCUACUGAUUUCAAUUUUGUUAUAGACUACGACAUGAACGCUCGUUUUCGACCUACCAAGCCAUAUGUUAAUCGGUCCUUGUUCUAUACUUUGAGUGACACUGAUACACUACUCAAGUCUUUUCAUGACAGCAACGAAGCCUUCAAGGAUUCACCACUCUCGCACCUUGACUCGGCGCGGUUGACACACUCUUUCAGAGAUUGGAACCGGCGAAAUGGAGCUCUUAUAUUCGACAGCCUAUGGAUUGUUGUGGAGGCAUUGUUUACGCCACCACCCGAGCUCGAUGUCCAAAAGAGCCCUCGUCUCAGACCCUCGCGCAAGAGAGCAUCUGUGGAUAGCUCGUCUGGACACUCUUCGAACCAGCAGAAAACUACGGCCGGAGAAGCUCGCUAUCUCGACAACAAUGAGGCGGCUCAUAUUGUUAUGAUUUGCAUUCAUGCUCUGACGUCCCUGAUUCCUGUUGGGUGGUCACACACAUGGGCACAGCUGCGCAAGUUGAGAUCCUGGGGUGUCAUCAUCCCCAAUGCGGCUCCAAAUACCCACGACUUUUCAAACCCUUACCUGAACAUCAUCGAUGAGUUAGAGUACGAGCCGGCCAUUCGACUUGCCGAUCGCUUACUUCGAGGUAUUGGAGCACGGACUUGCUUUGAACACAUCUUGGAGAGCUUACAAAAGCAAGGGAGGUAUCAGGAUGAUGCGGGUGGGUCUUUUGUUGACGUUGUUAUCCAGCACUUGGAAGUGGUCGAGCGCGUCGCCCUCGCCAGCAAGCGAAGGAUGAAGUCGUCUCAUGACCCAGACGAAGAUCCAGGGUGGACCGUUACUGCCACAUUCAUGGAGUGGCUGAAAACCAUCAUUGUGAAGAAGUGGGACAACAAAGCGGAGAUUAAUAAAUGGAACAGCGUGGGCACCGCUGUCAUGUUGCUCGACAAGUUUCAUUUGAAUCGCGAUCGCCUCAAUGUCCAUUCCAACAUGUUUCACAUGCCGUUUUUCAACGAGCGUAUUGAUGUGGCUGUUGAACCACUCAUGUUCCUCAACUGGGAAUCGCAACCUAACACUCUCCACAUCUUCCAAUACCCAUGUUUGUUUCCAACCGAGUACCUUGUAGCGUACUUCCGUACUAUCAAUUUCGCAAGCAUGAUGACGCAGUAUGAUAGCACAACGCGCGCCCACCAAUUGCAAAGUCAACUUCAUGCGUACCUCAGAGAGCCCCAUCGAUGGCUGGCUCAAAGUCUGCUGAAAGUUACGUUGAACGACUAUCUAGUGUUAGACGUCAGUCGAGAGCAGCCACUGAAAGACACUCUCGAUUUGCUGUGGGGACAGAAUAGGAAAACGAUGCUGAAGCCACUAAAAGUCAAAAUUGGUCGAGAGGAGGGCGAGAUUGGACUGGACCACGGUGGGGUAACGUACGAGUUCUUCCGAGUCGUGCUCAGCGAGGCAUUCAAGCCAGAACAUGGAAUGUUCACUAUCGAUCCACAAUCAAGGAUGACAUGGUUUCAACCAGGCACUCUGGAGCCGAUCUGGAAGUUCGAAAUGCUUGGUGUUCUCUUCAGUCUCGCAGUUUACAACGGCAUAACACUACCUGUCACGUUUCCUCUGGCUCUAUACUACCACCUUCUCGACACAGGAGAGUCCUCCCGCGAUCGUGAAACAGACACUAAGAGCCUCAAUUUCAUCCAAGAUGGAUGGCCCGGCCUCGCCAAAGCGUUCGAGCAACUUCUUUCAUGGACCGACGGCGAUGUAGGAGACGUCAUGAUGCGCGACUACACUUUCAGCUACGAGGCAUUCGGCCAGAAAAUCGACAUCAACAUGCAAGCCCCACCCUCGAGUAACACAACUCCCGAAGAGCCAAUUCUAGUCACGAACGCGAACCGCACCACCUUCGUCACAGACUACAUCCACCACCUAACCCACGUUUCCGUAGAAAAGCAACUCCACGCCUUCCACCGCGGCUUCAAAACCUGCAUCAACCCCACCUCCCUCUCGUUCUUCACGCCCACCACCCUCCGCCACCUAAUCGAAGGAUCACAAACGAUCUCCAUCCCCGCGCUCCGCGCCGUGACUAAAUACUACGAAGGCUACUCCGCCUCCCACCCCACCAUCAAGUCCUUCUGGUCUGUCGUCGAAGACCUCGACCAGGACGAUUGUCGCCGUUUACUUGAGUUCGUCACGGCGAGUGAUCGCGUGCCUGUCACGGGGUAUGAGGGCGUUACGUUUCAUAUUGUGCGCGGUGGACCCGAUACGCUGGGCUUGCCUACUAGCUCGACGUGCUUUGGGAAACUGUAUUUACCUGAGUAUGGCGAUGAGGGGAGGAUGAGGGAGAAGGUUAGGUUGGCGAUUGGGAAUUCCAGGGGGUUUGGGGUU